ACCCUCCAGGAUGACCUAGAAGGCACAUCUCUGCGAGCACUUAUAGUGGCUGAUGACAAGGACGAGACGAAGCAAUGGACAUUUCCCCCACUUUCCACACAAUUGCUGCAAUCUGCCUUUGGUGGUCGUUCCAUUGCCCUGGUGGGAGAUUCCACUCUGUUCUAUACGGCGCAGUGGAUGCAUCGGUUGAUGGAUAGUAGUAGCAACAACAAUGCCAUCCCCAAUCAUCUCUUGGAAAGUUUACCCCAUCGCAACUUGUCCAAUGCCUUUGACGCCAUUACGGACUAUUUCACGCAUAGCAAUCACACUCGCUACGACACUACGUCCUUUUCCACACAGCUGCCAACAGCAACCAAUACCACGGGCCACAUUCUCUGGAAGGGAUUUCGGGGCACCAAUCAACGCAAAAACUGCCUAUUUGACCAAUACGUCUGGCCUUCAAUAUUGAAUCCACAAUUGUCCCCGGGCAAUACUAAUAAUACGAUCCGCACGCCCGAUAUUCUGAUUGCCAACUGGGGAUUGCACAUGUUUUAUCGGGCCAUUCUGAAACCCUGCAACGUCGACAUGUGGUUCCAUUACGAAGAUUGGUUGCACAAGGUGGUCCAAGUGGCACAGCAAACCGGCACGGUCCAAUUGCUCUUGUUCAAAACCACCAAUCUCAUUUGUCACAACCUAACGCAGCAACAACAAUCAACAAAGCAAGCCAAAUGUCGGGAAAAACUACAGCACUUUCAAAACGAAAUGACAACAUUGACCGAAUCCGAUAUUCAACGCUACUGCGAAAAUGGCCUCAUGUUGGAUCGAAGCGCUCGUGCACUGAAUUCUCGACUCGAACGGUUUGUCCGGGCACUCCAGCCGCCCCCGGGUUUGACCGUGGCCAUUUACAACGAUUACGACUUGGAAGAUUGUCGCUACACCGCGGACAAUGACGGCAUUCAUUUUCAUCCGCUGCAGUUACCACGCAUACGGUACAUGGCACACUUGAUCCAGUGCUUGUAUGAUCCGAACAACAACAACAACAACACGUCAAGCACUGCAGCAAUGACAAGAACGUGA